CGCUCGCGUGCAGCUGCCUUUUUCUCCACAGCGGCCACCCAUUUUUGCCAGAGGACUCUAAACCGGCACCAUGACGAAGGCACACAACAACAUGCUGCCAAACGUGCAUCUGCACAAGCACUGGCACAACUCCGUCUGGACCUACCGUGGUGUUGUCAAGUGCCACUUCAACCAGGCUGGCAAGAAGCGCCGUCGCUCUCUCAAGCGCCAGUCCAAGGCCAAGCAGGUUGCACCCCGCCCCACCGGUGGUGCUCUGCGCCCCAUCGCCCGCUGCCAGACGUUCAAGUACAACAUGCGUCUCCGUGCCGGCCGUGGCUUCACCCCCCUCGAGCUUAAGGAGGCUGGUCUGAGCACCCGCUAUGCGCAGACUGUGGGCAUCUCGGUGGACAAGCGCCGCAAGAACCGCUCUGUUGAGGCUUUCCAGGCCAACGUUGCCCGCCUCAAGGAGUACAAGAGCAAGCUCGUUGUCAUCCGCAAGGGCGGCAAGGACCAGCAUGCCGUGGAGCAGCUCAAGGGUGUUGUCAUGCCUAUUGUGCAGCCCAAGCACAAGAUCCAGGUCCGCGCCAUCACAGAGAAGGAGAGGAAACGCAAUGUGUUCGCGGAGAUGCGCCACAUGCGCGCCGACGCCAAGCUCGCUGGUAUCCGUCUCAAGGUUGCUGCCGAGGCUGCGGCAGAGGCUGCCAUGAAGAAGAAGAAGUAAACGCAACAAACGCCAGCUUGUGCUCGCUCGUCUUGUUUGUUUCUACUCUCUUCUUUUCUUUACACCUCUGGUGCCCUGUCUGUCUCCUCGCAUGGUUGUCUGCUGCUCCCCCCUUUGUCAAAUGCUUUCGCGUACGCCUCCCCAGUACAGCCAAAGCUUAACCAUAA